CCCCCUUUUUUAUUUGCCCUCAUCCCCCAAUUUUUGUUUUUUCAUUCUCUCAACCGGCAACAAGAACCAGACAAAUUCGGAUCGGGGUCCGAUAAACCGCCGCUUUUCUGAUCUAGGGUUUUUCAUCCUUUCCUCCGAUUUUUGUUUCGUUUCGCAUUCCAUUGUAAUUUUUCACUUUCUUUUUUGUUUUUCCUUCGCUGGUGCUGUGAUUUGGAGAUCCGAAUCGUCUCUCCUGUCUUGGCUCGAGAUCCGGGCCAAGCACAGAAGAAUACCACUCCUCCAAGUGUUUUCUUUCGGUUCAUUGCUUGCUUCUAUCAGUGCUCGCCGAUAGGUAUCUCCAGCAUAAAUGGCAUCGAAUGAAGGAUUCCUGACUGAGGAGCAGCGGGAAGUGAUGAAAAUAGCGAGUCAGAAUGUGGAUGUUUUGUCAUCCUCUCCGAAAUCUCCCAAAGGCUCACUACUUCCUGAAUAUCAUAUUAAAGCCCCUGCUGGCGGGAAGGUACCGGCCCCUGGAAUGGGAGUGAAACAUGUGCGUAGACAACACUCUGGGAAGCAUAUUAGGGUGAAAAAGGAUGGGGCUGGUGGAAAGGGCACCUGGGGUAAAUUACUCGACACUGAUGGUGAUUCUCAUAUUGACAGAAAUGAUCCUAAUUAUGACAGUGGCGAGGAACCAUACCAACUUAUUGGGUCGACUGUAUCAGAUCCUUUGGAUGAUUAUAAGAAAUCUGUUGUAUCCAUUAUAGAGGAAUACUUUAGUACUGGUGACGUGGAAUUGGCGGCAUCUGAUCUUGGAGAUUUAGGCUCAAGUGAAUAUCAUCCUUACUUUAUUAAACGGCUAGUAUCAAUGGCAAUGGACAGACAUGAUAAGGAGAAGGAAAUGGCUUCAGUUCUGCUUUCUGCUUUGUAUGCUGAUGUCAUCAGUCCUGCCCAUAUAAGGGAUGGGUUUUUUAUGCUACUUGAAUCGGCUGAUGAUCUUGCUGUGGAUAUAUUAGAUGCAGUUGAUAUCCUUGCUUUGUUCUUAGCUCGUGCUGUGGUUGAUGAUAUACUUCCCCCAGCAUUUUUAGCCAGGGCAAAGAAAGCAUUGCUGGAAUCAUCCAAAGGAAGUCAGGCUAUCCAAACUGCUGAGAAGAGCUAUCUCUCUGCUCCACAUCAUGCGGAACUUGUCGAGAAAAGAUGGGGGGGCAGCACACAUUUUACAGUAGAGGAAGUGAAGAAAAAGAUUGCUUAUCUCUUACGGGAAUAUGUUGAGAGUGGAGAUACUUCUGAGGCUUGCAGAUGCAUAAGGCAGUUAGGUGUUUCAUUCUUCCAUCACGAGGUUGUGAAGAGGGCUUUGACUCUUGCCAUGGAGAUCCGAACAGCAGAACCCCUGAUACUGAAGCUUCUGAAGGAAGCUGCUGAGGAAGGUCUGAUAAGCUCUAGUCAAAUGGUUAAGGGGUUUUCUCGGCUGGCAGAGAGCCUUGAUGACCUUGCUCUUGAUAUUCCAUCGGCGAAAUCUUUGUUCGAAUCCUUGAUUCCAAGGGCCAUAUCUGAAGGAUGGCUUGAUGCUUCCUUUGUGAAAUCUUCAGAUGAAGAUGUGGAUGUUGGAUCUAAAGAUGAUAAGCUGAGACGCUAUAAGGAAGAGGCUGUGACUAUAAUUCAUGAAUAUUUUCUUUCGGAUGACAUUCCUGAAUUAUUACGAAGCCUAGAAGAUCUCGGUACACCCGAGUAUAAUCCAAUCUUUUUGAAGAGACUGAUUACACUUGCAAUGGAUAGGAAAAACAGAGAAAAAGAAAUGGCUUCAGUCCUGCUUUCAGCUCUUCACAUUGAGAUAUUCUCUACAGAGGAUAUUGUCAAUGGUUUUGUGAUGCUGCUGGAGUCUGCCGAAGAUACAGCGCUGGACAUUUUGGAUGCAUCAAAUGAGCUUGCUCUCUUUCUAGCCAGAGCGGUGAUUGACGAUGUCUUGGCUCCUCUGAAUCUCGAGGAUAUUGCUAACAGGUUGCCCCCAAAUUGCACUGGAAGUGAGACAGUGCGAAUGGCUCGGUCAUUAAUUGCAGCUCGUCAUGCUGGUGAAAGGCUUUUGAGAUGCUGGGGUGGAGGAACGGGCUGGGCAGUGGAGGACGCAAAGGACAAGAUCCAGAAGCUCUUGGAGGAGUACGAAAGUGGAGGAGUCGUGAGUGAAGCUUGCCAGUGUAUCCGUGAUCUGGGAAUGCCUUUCUUCAACCACGAGGUUGUGAAGAAGGCAUUGGUCAUGGCAAUGGAGAAGAAGAACGACAGGAUUCUAGAUCUGCUGCAGGAAUGCUUCAAUGUUGGCCUGAUCACCAUCAACCAGAUGACUAAAGGCUUCUGUAGGAUCAAAGAAAGCCUCGACGACCUGGCACUCGACAUUCCAAAUGCAGGCAAGAAGUUUACUCUCUACGUGGAGCAUGCCCAGAAGAAGGGAUGGCUGUUACCAUCGUUCGGAUCAGCUUCUGCUGCUGCUGCUGCAGAUUCCUCCGUGCUCUUGGCUGUAGCUUCCUGAGGGGGAGAAAAAACAGAGUUUUAGAUUGUUUAUCUCAAGCAUGUUGUUGGCUGUUACAUCUCUCUGCAUCGUGUCGAGGAGGCGCCAGGAGUGAGCGAGCGAGCGAGCUUGUGGCCUGCUUGGUGGCUCCCCUCUCAUCUCAAGGUAGUAGUUAGUAGUAAGUAGAAGAGUAGGUAUGAUGGGUGUUUUGCUUCCUUCUUCCUUCUUCCUCCUGAUGAUGAUGGUUGUUUUAUUACUUUAGCGGUGGUCUUAUGAUAAGGAGAUGAUAUGAUCCCCCUGCCAUUGUAUAAAAAGCUCGGUUUCUGUUUCUUUUUCUUGUUCAGAAUUUUAGGCCAAAUGUCGUGAUAUCUCAUGUUGUUUAGACAGGAUGGAUGGAUCCCUUUUAUAUUUCAUAAUGCUCUGCUCUGCUCUGCUGCUUCGCACAA